GUAGAUAAUGAUUUUUAGACUCUUGGCUAAAUGUUCUUAUAAAAGCUCUCUGUCCUAGCUCCAGGUAUGGUUCUAGAGCUUAUUAAGACUUUUUAGUUAGAUAGUCAAAGGAGUUAAUGUAUCAGACCACAGGUAUGCUAAAGUGCAAGCUUCAGUCUACCAACAACUGGGGGAGCUGCUUACCUCUUAUGCAGUGCAGAUCAGUGUGCACUUCAAACAUUACUGAAGUCCAAGGAAAGCAAGAUGUGAAAUAAGCUCUAGUGAUCAGAACACUAGAAUUGAUUUGGAAUAUCCUGCAUGCAUAUGUCUCUAUAGAGAGGAAAAAAAAAAGGGAAAAGUGUAAGGGGGAGGGGGGGACUGCUGUAGAUUAACACUUUGGUGGUAAAAGGAUCUUGAAAGAGAGUUCCUUCUUUACAUGUCUUCCUAUAGGUUUUAGCACUAAUAGCCAUUUGAAGCACUUUUUUUGCUUUUUAAAAUUUAGCUCAAAACAAUCAGGUUAGGUGGCAUGUGUUUCUAAGUGAAAGGCAGGUACAAGGGGAACACAUGAAAACUGCCUGUGUUCUUCAGCUUCAUUUGUGUGAACACUCACCUCUCUCCAAGUGUGCUAAUUACUGAAUUUUAACUGUUUUGAAUGGAUCAGUAAAAGAGGCUACAGCACCAGAAUGUGCUGCCUUUUCACUUCUGAGUGCCAGUGCUCUGGACUGCAGCCUGAGCAGUUCUCCGAGCCCCGGAAACUACAUUUGUGACACUCAACCUUGGAACUGAUUGCUAUGCUAAAAAGGAGCGUUAUCAUCAUCAUCAUCAUCAUCAUCAUCAUCAUCAUCAUCAUCAUUGUUUAGCAUAAGCUAACACAAGUUCUAAACACAUUCAAUUGCCUUAAAAUUGCCUGACUUUUAAGAGUAAAGUCAUUUAGAAGCACCUCACUUUUGAAUUUAUUACUGGUGCUUAGAUCUGUAAGAGAUACUUGUACAAUGCAAAAUAAUACAAUAGUGUCAAUGGUGACUUUUCACUAUUUAGCAAAUAAAUUUGGCAUGAAUAUAAUGCAGGCAGAAUUAAGGGAUAUUACAAGCCUGUGGGGACAGCUAAGGCUCACACAGUUAAUGCUGGAAAUAAACACACAGUUCUAUUUUUGUGAAAAGGAAUGUCAGUCUUAUCUGAGUAAUCUUGCCAUAAAGCAUUUAAAAUAAACACAAAAGUAAAGUAACCAGAACCUCACAACAAAACAAAGUGCUCUCAACUGCUUUCAUAGGUAGAUUUAAUAUAGCAUGUUUAUAAAUGGGUUCUCUAUUAUUUUGAUCUUUCUCUGAUUCUGUUUGGACAUUUCUCUGUUAUAAAUGCUGAGAAACAAUUCUCUUUCUUUGUUGUUACUGAGCUGAUUACAUGGAAAAUAAGAUGUUUCUCCUUUUCUUCCUACCUUUGCGUUGGCCAGAAAAAACUAUUAAUAGUGCUGUCCCCUCAAGAUGUGAAUGUGAUGCCACACAGCUUCGUAGGGGAAGGGAGCAUUUCAGGCAGCCAGGUUUUUCUAUACAUUCUUAGUAAAAUCAGUUAAAACUCUGCUGUGGAGCUUGCAGGGGCAGAACAGCUCGAGACAGGAGUUAUACAGCCCCAUCCUUUUAAUUUACUCUUACGAAGAAAUUACCAGAGGAGCUUUCUAGAAGUACCGUUCCAUUUAUGUACCACGUUCAAUUGGUUAUUUCUGCGGGCAAAGCGGCACCUGCACCUGCAUGGAGCUGUGCUAAAGGCUCUCCUCGGUGCCAGUGCGAGGUGCCCCCUUCAGCUCACGAAAGCUCCGCGUAGCCAGGCACUCACAGGGAAACCUGGAGAGCAACAGAGGAAUCGCAUCUUCGAAAGCGUUCUGAACUCUGCCCUGCUCUACAUCUUUCCCGUGGUUAGAAGAACUUUUAUUCGUUGCUGGCGUUCUUUGGUUUCUAUUUAAUAAUGGCCAUGCGGAGCAACCAAAUAACAAUCUGAGGGAGGUUUACAUUUUUUCAAUGCACUUUAGUUUCCUAAAAGAGAUUUUCAAGUAUUAGGCUCUUCAGUACAGGCACUUGAAAAUUAUGGAAGUCGAGAGAAAUUCAACUCGAAACCACUAGCCCACACUCCGGCAUCUCCCCCCGUGAACACGACCGGCCCACGGCAGCCAUCGGUAGCUGCUGGGCAGUCAGGAGGUGUCCAGUUUAGCCGGCGUUUGUCGCAGAUCCCCCGGCGGAAUUCCCGGCGCUCGGUUUCCGCAGCCCCGCCGGGCGCCGCGUAUGGGCAGCGCUGCCCCGCCGCCGGCCGCAAGCCGCCAGGGGGCGCCCGAGCGCGCGUCCCCCGGGGGGCGAGCGGGGCCGAGCGGGGCCGAGCCUCCCGCGCCGCCCCCCGCCCGCGCACGGCGGCAGCCUGACCGCACCUCUCCGCUCCGCAGCUCUGCGCACCGCCCUGCUCCGCUCCGCACGGCUGCCGCACAACUGCACUCCGCUGUGCCAGCGGGAGCCGGCCGCGGAGGCGGCGAGGAUGCUGCCCCUCAGUCGCGGGCGGCCCCGCCGCUGGCAGCACCCGCUGCUCCUCCUGUCAGCGCUGCUCUGGGCGCCGGCGCUGGUGGCUUUCAACCUGGACGAGGAGAAGCUGACGGUGUACAGCGGACCCCCGGGCAGCUACUUCGGGUACUCGGUGGACUUCUACAUCCCCGACCCCAGCACGGUCAGUGUCCUCGUGGGAGCUCCCAAAGCCAACACAACGCAGCCAGACAUCGUGGAAGGAGGAGCGGUGUAUUACUGCGCCUGGCCCGCCGCCCGGUGCCGGCAGAUCCCCUUCGACAACACCAACAACAGGAAAAUAAAAGUCAAUGGCACCAGGGAACCUAUUGAAUUUAAGACAAAUCAGUGGUUUGGGGCAACAGUCAAAGCUCAUAAAGAGAAAGUUGUGGCUUGUGCUCCUUUGUAUCAUUGGAGAACCCUUAAAGACAGUCCUGAGAAGGACCCUGUUGGCACCUGCUAUGUAGCAAUUCAGAACUUCAGUGCCUAUGCUGAAUAUUCACCUUGUCGCAACAGCAAUGCAGAUCCUGAAGGACAAGGCUUUUGUCAAGCAGGUUUCAGCUUAGAUUUUUACAAGAAUGGAGACCUGAUAGUAGGCGGGCCCGGUAGUUUUUAUUGGCAAGGUCAGGUAAUCACUGCAAGUAUUGCGGACAUCAUUGCAAAUUAUUCCUUCAAGGAUAUUCUGAGGAAACUGGCACGAGAGAAGCAAACAGGAGUGGCACCACCCUCAUAUGAUGACAAUUACAUGGGAUACUCAGUGGCUGCUGGGGAAUUUACAGGGGAUUCUGAACAAGAGCUGGUUGCUGGAGUCCCAAGGGGAGCACAGAACUUUGGCUAUGUCUCAAUUAUUAAUUCCUCUGACUUGACCUUUAUACAGAACUUCACUGGUGAGCAGAUGGCGUCCUAUUUUGGGUACACAGUUGCAGUAUCUGAUGUUAACAAUGAUGGUUUAGAUGAUAUCCUAGUCGGUGCCCCUCUUUUUAUGGAACGAGAAUUUGAGAGCAAGCCUAAAGAAGUUGGGCAAGUUUAUCUGUACCUGCAAGAAAGUGCAUUCCUCUUCCAAGAUGCACAAAUUCUGACAGGCACUGAAUUGUUUGGUAGAUUUGGCAGUGCAAUCACACACCUUGGAGACCUCAAUCAAGAUGGAUAUAAUGACAUUGCUAUUGGUGCACCAUUUGCAGGAGAAGACAGAAGAGGGAAAGUGCUCAUUUACAAUGGAUACAGUAAUGGGUUAAACCCUAACCCUUCCCAGGUUCUCAAUGGAGCCUGGGCCUCCCAGUCCAUGCCUUCGGGAUUUGGCUUCACUCUGAGAGGAGACUCAGAUGUAGACAAGAAUGAUUACCCAGAUUUAAUUGUGGGUGCAUUUGGAGCUGGAAAAGCAGUUGUUUACAGAGCCAGACCUGUUGUGACAGUGAAUGCUCAUCUUAUUCUGAACCCCAUGAUUGUGAAUCCAGACAAUAAAACCUGUCAGCUCCCUGACUCUCAGCUUUUGGUGGCCUGCUUUACUGUAAGAGUCUGCGCAGAUUUUGAAGGUCAAAGUAUUUCAAAUGAGAUAGUGCUGAAAGGUGAAUUGCAGUUAGAUUCAUUGAAACAGAAAGGAGCUGUUAAGAGGACCCUCUUCUUUGAUUACCAUCAGUCACAUCACUACUUCUCUAUUGUGAUAGAAAGACAGAAACAGCUCCAUUGCCAGGACUUCCUUGUUUAUCUCAGAGAUGAAACAGAAUUUAGAGAUAAAUUAUCUCCCAUCAAUAUAAACUUCAAUUAUAGUUUGGAUGAGUCCAGUUUUGAAGAUAGUUUGACUGUGAAGCCAAUACUGAACUAUUACCAGAAAAACUCACUAGCAGAGCAGGCUUACAUUCUGGUUGACUGUGGGGAGGACAACUUAUGUAUUCCUGACCUGCAACUUUCUGCAGUGCCGGACACAGAUCAGCUAAUAAUUGGAGAAGAAAACUAUGUCAUGCUCAUAAUAAAUCCAAGGAAUGAUGGGGAAGGAGCCUAUGAAGCUGAGCUACAUAUAAAGAUUCCACCUGAAGCAGAUUACACUGGGGUCGAACGCAACAACAAGGCCCUGCGUGUGUUGAGCUGUGAUUACAAGAUGGAAAAUGAAACUAGAAUGGUGGUUUGUGAUCUUGGGAACCCCAUGGUGGCUGGUGCAAACUUCUCCACAGGCAUUCGGUUUUCUGUUCAGCAUUUUGAAAAUGCAGACUUCAGCAUCAAUUUUGAGCUACAAAUAAAAAGUUCUAACAAGAUAAAUCCCACCAGCAACUUAGUGAACCUCCAUAUCAACAUCAGUGCUGUGGCUCAAGUACAGAUCAGAGGAGUGUCUCACCCCCCAACAAUUAUUUUGCCACUUCACAACUGGGAACCCAAAGAUGAACCUACAAAAGAAGAAGAAGUUGGUCCUUUAGUAGAACACAUCUAUGAGCUGCACAAUAUAGGACCAAGUGCCAUCAACCAUACAGUUCUCCAUGUUGGUUGGCCUCUGUCCAGUAGAGAAGAAUUUCUUCUUUAUAUUCUUCACAUUCAGACACAUGGACCAUUGCACUGUCAAACCAGCUCUCCUAUUAAUACAAUGCAAAUAAAGUUUGCUGUUCCAGAAGACACUCCUGAACUUGCUGCUUUUUUAUAUAAUUCCACAAUUUCUCAUUACAUCAGGAGAAGGGAUGUCGCAGUCGCAGAACCUCAGAGGAAAAACUCUGCAAGAAUAUUGAACUGUACAAAUGUGAAGUGUGUCCUAAUUUCAUGCACUGUGGGACAGCUGGAAAGAGGAAAGAGUGCUGCACUAAAAAUCAGGUCCCGGCUCUGGGCACAAACAUUCCUGGAGAGAAAAAAUUAUCUCUACAGUCUUUCUUCCAAUGUUUCCUUUGAAGUUAAGAGCAUGCCAUAUAAAGUGCAACCAGCAAAGCUCCCUGAGGGAAGCAUAGCAAUCAGAACAUCUGUCAUUUGGUCCACCCCAAAUGUCUCCUUUGAGAUCCCUUUAUGGGUUAUAAUACUAGCCAUACUUCUUGGACUACUAGUACUAGCUCUGCUGACCCUAGCUUUAUGGAAGUGUGGCUUCUUUGACAGAGCUAGACCUCCUCAAGAUGACAUGGCUGACAGGCAACAGCUGACAAAUAACAAGACUACUGAUGCAUAAAGGAAGAGAGUGACAGUUCAAGUCAGAAUCCUGCCUGAGAGACUAGAAACACGACAAGGAUUAAAUGAAAGAUUCCUUCCAACCAGUCUUCCUUCGUACCUGCAAGUGACAUGGUGUCAGUCUGAUCUAUGCAAUGUUCUGAGAACAUGCCACAUGAUGGCCAUCCUUGCCAAAGAAAGCAACUUAUCACUGCCUUAUGAACAUAUUUUCCACUGAACAGAAUGUUUAUCCCAUAUUCCAGUCAGUCUACGUUUCAGCAGAUGCUUCUGAGCACGUGUGGUAUACUGAGAUGCUUCCAGAACAAGCCCAAAUCUCUCAAGGAGAGAAUGCUUUCAUUGCUGUAUCAUCUACAAGAUGAAGCAGGACAAACCUUCUGAAUGCUACUGUAUCAUACAGAGUGUCUUUGAAACCUCCCUAAGAACUUCUAUGAAAUUAUGGCUCAGGGAGACAGGCAAUAUAUCAGUACUGUGAAAGUACUUCUAAAACACAAAGGUAAUCUAUAAAUACCUUUAUAGAUGGGGCACAGUUAUUUAUUUUUCCACCUUUUUGUAAUAAGUAUCUGAUAUAAUCAUCAACAUAGAUUUUGAGAGAAGGAAAAAAUAAUAGAAAUCAUGUACUUACUUUGCAUGUAAAUAGAAGAGUAAACACAUUGUACACCAGAACACAACCUCCUUGGCUAUGAGGUGUUUUGCAAAGCAGAAGAUUUAUGGAACACUUUACAAGAUGAGACAUGUGAUAAGCAAGUAUCACACCCAGAUAAAUAAAUCCAUGCACAGUAUAAAGCAGG